AACAAUGUACCUGGCCACCAGCCUGGUGGUCUCCUCCCUUAAGCUCCUCUUCAUGCCCUCAUACAAAUCCACGGAUUUUGAGGUGCACAGAAACUGGUUGGCUAUCACCUCUAGUCUACCAGUAUCAAAGUGGUAUCUGGAGAAUACUUCAAUAUGGACCCUAGACUAUCCUCCACUCUUCGCUUGGUUUGAAUUCAUUAUGUCAAAGGUUGCUGUAUACUUCGAUCCUGAGAUGCUACGGAUUGGAAACCUAGAUUAUUCAUCCGAAAAUACUAUUCUAUUUCAAAGAUUGUCGGUGAUAGUAACAGAUCUUGUUUUUCUCGCUGGAGCAAUAAAGUGCUCGAACAAUUUACAACUUCUGAAGCUUGGUAAUAUUGGAGGUGUGAGUAAAGAUACGACCGUCUUCUUUCUGCUCUUGUCAAAUUUUGGACUGUUCCUGGUCGACCAUAUUCAUUUUCAGUACAAUGGGUUUCUGUUUGGUAUUCUUCUUCUCUCUAUUGCUGCACUAAUGGAAGAACAAUAUUUACUAGGAGGAUUCUGGUUUGCUGUACUGCUGAAUCUAAAACAUAUUUAUCUCUACAUUGCUCCUGCAUACUUUAUCUUCCUUCUUAGAUCAUAUUGCUUUAUUAACAGACCGAAGAAAAUGUUUUUAUUUAAUUUCUCUCCAAUGCGGCUUAUCAGUCUUGGAUCUCUAGUUUUGUUCAUCUUUGGUCUUUCAUUCGGUCCUUUCAUUCAUCAGAUAGAGGCCGUGGUUCAGAGACUUUUCCCUUUCAAACGAGGACUUUGUCAUGCAUACUGGGCUCCGAACUUCUGGGCUGUUUAUAAUAUAGUAGAUAAAGUUCUAACUGUAGCUGGGAAAAAAGCAGGAUACCUUAAUACAACAGUAGAUGCUGGAGCUUCAAUGACAGGGGGACUUGUUCAAGAUAUACAACACACCGUGCUUCCGUCAAUACCACCUACUGUGACUUUUGCAUUGACGUUUUUAAUUAUGAUCCCUGCUUUGUUUAAACUUUGGAGAUCACCUAACAACGUUGUAGCCUUUAUCCGUUGUUUGACGUUGUGUGGCUGGUCAUCUUUUAUAUUCGGCUGGCAUGUUCAUGAAAAGGUUAGUUUCUUCUACAGAAUUAAGGUUGACGGUUUAUGUUUGUCGUCGGAAAUAUUCUACGAAUUUUUUUUUAAUAGUUUUAUAAUUAGAUAUUUUCUGUUGUUGAGUAAUUGUGGACAUUUCUCAUUGUUUCCUCUUCUGUUUACACAACAGGAAUUGUUGAGUAAAAUGUUUCUGUUUAUAUUCUCUACUUCUCUCAACUACAAGCUUAUUAAGCAAGUGUACAAAGGAUCUCUUUUUUGUAAGAAGGAAGUUCUCUACCUUCUGCUAGCUAUACCGGUAUUUCUGUAUGCAGAAUUCGUGCAUCAUUAUCUAGGAUUUGCUGAAAGGUUACCAUUUCUACCCUUGAUGUUUUACUCCUUGUACAGUACUGUGGGUGUACUCGUGACGUACAUAAGAUUCUACGCUUUCUUCUUGUACCAGUAGAUCUAAAGAUCUUUGCAGUCAUUCAUCAACAUGUGGUCAUUCAUGCAAUAAACUUCUAUCCAUA